CAGAAAUCUCCCAUUUCUAGUUUACAAAUCAACGUCAUCGCCCUGGUUGAAAACUUACGUAAAAAGGCGAACUCCAGCGAACUCCCUGCUGAACGCCAACUUUAAUCCUAUAUCGUAGUUCUUAAUAACGCGGAAGUAAUUGCUAACACUAAAGCCUGUUAUGGCCACUUAAGUGGGCUAGCUCUGGGCGGCGACGCCAUUGCUAUAACUCCUUAGUGCUUACUAUCACUAGCGAUCGGCAAAAUGCCUAUUAACAGGCAAAAGAUUUUGCAGCUUGCGAGCGGCUUCCGUGGGCGAGCUCGGAACUGCAUCAAAAUCGCGCGGAUGCGUGUGGAGAAAGGACUUCAGCAUGCGUACGUUGGACGCAAGCUCAAAAAGCGGUACUGGCGUUCCGUCUGGAUUCAGCGUAUCAACGCAGGGACGCGCGAGCACGGGAUGUCCUACAGCGGGUUCAUCACCGGGUUGAAGGAGGAGAACGUGCAGCUUAACCGUAAGGUUCUGUCGGAGCUCGCUAUGAACGAGCCCUUCAGCUUUAAGGCGCUAGUGGACCAGGUCCGCUUUAUGCGGGGAUUGAGCAAGUCCCCGUCAGGACAGCAGCAGUGACCGUCGGACCAGAGGAAGGGUUGCAUUGUUCUGUUGGGAAGGGGGAGGGGAGUGGGGAGGGUCUUUAGAGUCCAGGUGUGUUUUGGUGCUUGUAGGGUAGAUCACAGAUCGGGGCCGCCAUCUGGGUCAAGAAUUGGCCAUGGUACAGUUAUGAACCGUGCGAGGGUACAGCUGUGAACCGCACAUGCGUGCCAGCGUUUGUGUCUAGGGCAGCCUAGUUUUCAUGGGCACUGAGCGCUGUCAACCCAGGCUAUGUGCGUAGGAAGCUAGAUAGAGGGCAGAUGGUUUGGGAAUCUGCAUUUCGAGCGGCUUGCCAUGGUCCCUACGCUUUCCCAUUUGUCAGUCUAUACUGGACUGGAAUGCUGCCGGUGCAUGCCAACCGUAGGAAAAUGUGGUAGGCGGGCUCGUUACCCAGGAUACAGCUCAGCAUGUGGUUUAUGCCGUGGGACCGUGGGCGAAAGGUGACUCAAAUGCCUGUCGCCGGCAGUGGUGGAAGCUGGAGACGCGGCUUACUGUUGUAAGCGUUGCUUGCAGACGGGCGACGU